GCAAAACUAAGCAAGAAGCGUUCUUCAUUUUCUUCUCAUUUUCCUUUUCCUUUCUCACUCUUUCUAUUUCCAGUCUCUCUCAUCUCAUUCUCUUUCUUCUUCGUUGAAACUGCAAACAUUGCAGAGAGUGAAGCAAUGGAGUCCACCGAAUCUGAAUCGCAGAUGAUGAAGAUCGUCCAUGGCGACGCUGGUUACAUACUCGAAGACGUUCCUCACUUCACCGACUACAUUCCAAAUCUUCCAACAUAUCCAAAUCCACUGCGAUCCAAUCCAGCUUACUCAGUUGUCAAGCAGUAUUUUGUGCACAUGGACGACACCGUUCCUCAGAAGGUUGUUGUUCACAAGGAUAGCCCAAGAGGUGUACAUUUUAGACGUGCAGGACCUCGGCAAAAGGUAUAUUUUAAAUCGGAUGAUGUGCAUGCGUGCAUUGUUACAUGUGGUGGUCUCUGCCCUGGCCUCAACACUGUCAUAAGGGAAAUCGUUUGUGGUCUUUCUUACAUGUAUGGUGUCAACAAAGUCCUUGGCAUAGAUGGUGGUUAUAGAGGUUUUUAUUCCAAGAACACCAUUACUUUAACACCUAAAGUGGUCAAUGAUAUCCAUAAGCGUGGAGGAACGAUUCUUGGGUCUUCGCGAGGGGGACAUGACACUGGCAAGAUAGUUGAUAGCAUCCAGGAUCGUGGAAUUAAUCAGGUUUAUAUUAUUGGAGGAGAUGGAACACAGAGAGGAGCGGCUGUGAUUUAUGAGGAAGUGAGACGGCGGGGUCUGAAAGUCGUAAUUGCUGGAAUUCCUAAGACCAUAGAUAAUGACAUCCCGGUUAUUGACAGGUCCUUUGGCUUUGAUACUGCAGUUGAGGAGGCUCAACGUGCCAUUAAUGCAGCACAUGUUGAAGCUGAAAGUGUUGAGAAUGGCAUUGGCGUUGUAAAGCUAAUGGGUCGUUAUAGUGGUUUUAUUGCAAUGUAUGCUACUCUGGCCAGCAGAGAUGUGGACUGUUGCUUGAUUCCAGAGUCACCCUUCCACCUUGAAGGAAAGGGCGGGCUUUUUGAAUUCAUUGAGAAAAGAUUGAGAGAAAAUGGGCAUAUGGUUAUAGUCGUAGCUGAGGGAGCAGGACAAGAUCUUCUUAAUGAAAGCAUGCAAGCCACGGAGGAGAAGGAUGCUUCUGGAAACAAGCUACUUCAAGAUGUUGGUUUAUGGAUAUCUCAUCAGAUCAAGGGUUAUUUCUCAAGGGAAAAUAAGAUGCCCAUGAAUCUUAAAUAUAUAGAUCCAACUUACAUGAUUCGGGCUAUUCCAAGCAAUGCAUCAGACAAUGUCUACUGCACACUUCUUGCUCAGAGUGCAGUUCAUGGUGCAAUGGCAGGGUAUACUGGAUUCACAAGUGGGCUGGUCAAUGGCAGACAGACUUAUAUUCCGUUCAACAGAAUCAUUGAGAGGAUGAACCAGGUUGUGAUUACUGACAGGAUGUGGGCAAGACUCCUUUCUUCAACCAACCAGCCAAGUUUUUUGAAAUGCAAAGAUGUCAAUGAAGUCAAUAAAGAAGAACAACCUCCAACUCAGUUGUUAGAAGGGGAUAAUUGCAAUGGUAUUGACGGAGCCAAGAAAGUAGAACAACCUCCCUCUCAGUUGUUAAAAGGGGACAAUUUAAAAGAAGAGCAGGAAUCAGGAAACCAAGUUGAUAAUUGUAACAGGACAGAAACAUAGAUACAGGCUUGUUCUUCUACAAUUGUAUCUUAUGUUGUAAUUUGGACCCAAAAGCUUGGAAAGCUGGAGUAUAUGAAGCUUCAUUAGUCCCUUUCCAUUAACUGGAAGUAGGUAAGUUUCUAUCAAGACUGCCCUCUAGCAUGACCUUAGCAUUCAGAGGAUUCUGUUGUUGAAUCUUUUAGCCUCCAGUCCAAGAGAAUGAAGCGGAAUUAUUAUCUGAAGCCAAGGGUGUCAAGUGACCAGUUUAUGUAGUAUUUGUCGUUUUGAUUUUGGUAAUUUGAGAUCCUAUACUCAGUUUUGCUGGAAUGAUUUGAGUAUUUUGACUUUUUAAAUAUUCGGGGUAAAAACAUCUCACUUUUUUAGUCUUAA